GAGGACUGAGGAAAAGUAACAGAGAAACCAGCAACAAAGAAAAAGCUCUCAUGGCUGCUGCAGCUAUUCUCUGUUCCGGAGUCAUAUCCUUGCUGUUGUUGGGUAAUUGUGCUGUUGGUCUGUGUGAUGAACGUUUGAGAGACGCUAGGCUAAUGGAAGAAGGCAAUAGUGGUAGGAGGAAUCUGAUCGAUAAUGGCCUUGGAAGAACUCCUCAGAUGGGGUGGAACAGUUGGAACCACUUCCACUGCGACAUCAAUGAAAAAUUAAUCAAGGAAACAGGUAACCAUCGGUGGAACAGUUGGAACCACUUCCACUGCGACAUCAAUGAAAAAUUAAUCAAGGAGACAGCUGAUGCAAUGGUGUCAACUGGGCUUGCUGGUGUUGGGUAUACCUACAUCAAUAUAGACGAUUGCUGGGGUGAACAAAAUAGAGAUUCCCAGGGGAAUUUGGUUGCUAAAGCAUCAACAUUUCCUUCCGGGAUUAAGGCUCUAGCAGAUUAUGUCCAUGGCAAAGGGCUUAAGCUUGGAAUUUACUCAGAUGCUGGGACGCAAACUUGUAGCAAAACCAUGCCAGGUUCACUAGGAUAUGAAGAACAAGAUGCAAAAACCUUUGCUUCAUGGGGGGUCGAUUACUUGAAGUAUGAUAACUGUGAAGAUACGCAUGGUAUAAGCCCAGAAAAAAGGUACCAGAAUAUGAGCACAGCCCUUCUCAAAUCGGGGAGGUCUAUCUUUUUCUCUUUAUGUGAAUGGGGAAGAGAUGAUCCGGCAACUUGGGCACCAAAUUUGGGAAAUAGUUGGAGAACAACUGAUGAUAUUCAAGAUAAUUGGGAUAGGAUGACAUCUAUAGCUGAUCAGAACGACAAAUGGGCAUCUUAUGCAAAACCAGGAGCUUGGAAUGAUCCUGACAUGCUUGAAGUUGGAAAUGGUGGAAUGACUACAGAAGAAUACCGCUGCCAUUUUAGCAUAUGGGCAUUGGCUAAAGCUCCUCUAUUGAUUGGUUGCGAUAUUCGAUCAAUGGAUAAUGUAACCUUUGAAUUGCUAAGCAAUAAAGAGGUUAUUGCAGUCAAUCAAGAUGAACUUGGGGUGCAGGGGAAAAAGGUGAAUAAUACAGCGGAUCUUGAGGUAUGGGCGGGCCCUUUGGCUGAUAACAAGGUGGCUGUGGUGUUAUGGAACAGAGGAUCUUCCACAGCAAAUAUUACUGCAUAUUGGUCUGACAUAGGGCUAAACUCCUCUACUGUUGUCGAUGCUCGAGAUUUGUGGAUGCAUUCUUCACACUCAUCCGUGCAAGUUCAGCUUUCUGCUCGAGUGGAUUCUCAUGCUUGUAAAAUGUACACUCUUACACCCCACUAAGGGUUCAAUUUGAAUAGUAAAAAGAUUUAGAUAAACAUGGCAAUGCAUGCAGAUGUUUUAUGUACUCGAAGGGUUUAACAUGAAUACUUGUAUUUAUAUCAUAAAAAUCAAAACAAUGAUGUUGA